GUUUUAUUUCCUGCUUUCUCUCCAGGUCUUUGUUUUGCAUCAACUACAACCAGUCUCAAAACUGAGACCGAAGUGGACACAAGUGACAAUGAGGUUGUUGCCCCCGACUUCACUAACAGGAAUCCUCGGAACUUGGAGCUGUUGGCCCUGGCUAGGAAGGAGCGUGGCUGGAAGACAACGUGGCCAAAACGUGAAUUCUGGCAUAGAUUACGGCUCGAGCGGACACAGCACUAUGUAGAAGCCUUUGUUGAGCGCUGUAAUGGGGAUGUUGUGGUAUCUGCCUCUACCCGAGAGUGGGCCAUAAAGAGACACCUGUACAGUCCCAAGGGAGUAACAGCAUGCAAAAACCUCGGCCAUGUAAUGGCACAGCGCUGUUUGGAAGCAGGAAUCAACUUUGUGAACUUUAAAGCUGUUAUCCCCUGGGAACAUCGUUGUGACUCGAUUCAGGAAUUUAAAAAAGCUGUGGAGGAGGGUGGUGUCGUUCUGCGUGAGCCACGAAGAAUCUAUCAGUGA